CUUGUUCAUCUCUCUGAUCAGUGCGACCUGGUGCAGCCAAUACAAGCUAGUUUCCAGAAAAUGCAUCGAAGGGGGCAUUUCAAGUGACACCAAGAAUUUAACUACAUUUUAAAUGCAAACUUCGAGAGCCAAUUUUGACUCAUUAUUUUAAAUAUUCGUAAAUUUUAUUUUUUAUUUCCUUUACGAAACACUAUAUAAAAUAAUUCACUAGCACAAACUUAAUUCCUAUUGAAUAAAACUUUCGUUCAACACAAUCCGCCAUUUUAAUCAUGCGUGGUCAUGUGACAGAUGACGUUUAGGAUCCUGCACAGAUCGGGUGAAGUCCAGUGUGUGCAUCGGAAAAGCUUCGUGUCGUGGUUGUUAAAUCCGCAUGCCAUUUCAAUUAAAGAGCUGACGAGUGUGCCAGCGUGGGAGGGGCGCCCGCUCGCCCGCUCGGCUGACGCAUCACCUUCCGCUGCACGGGGGGAGCGUCGCGGUAGCCGUGCGAACCCGUCAGUGCCGGGUCGGGCCAUGCAGGCCGGCGUCAUGGCUAGCCGCAGCAUCAACACCUUCGUGUUCCUCGACCUCGAGACAACCGGGCUGCCGUCGGAAGAGCACAACAAGACCAAGAUCACAGAGCUGGCGUUGGUGGCAGCGUCCCGAGAGAACAUAAACGCCACCCCCUACGGCAUUCCGCGCGUCACUCACAAGCUCACGCUGUGCUGCAACCCCUUCCGUAUGAUUAACCCCACCGCUACGAACGUCACAGGUCUGUCAAAUGAAAUGUUAGAAAAGGAGAAAACAUUUGAUGCAGAUGUCUGUGAUAUGAUCAAUUUGUUUUUAAGUCGGCAAAUACCACCUGUAUGCCUUGUUGCUCAUAAUGGAAUUAAAUUUGACUUUCCUAUACUGCAGAGUGGAAUCAUGAAUGCUGAUAAGAUUUUGCCUGAUGACACACUCUGUGUGGACUCAUUACCAGCAUUUAAAGAACUUUUUUCUCAGAUUCCUCUGGAUAUGUUGCCUACUUACACACAAAAAUUGAAAAUGAAAUCAGUUUUGAAAGGAAAAAACAAUGAUAUUCAGAAAGACACCUGUAAUGAAAAUGGCACUGCCAGUACAUUGGCUGAAGAUAGAAGUUUUAUGCAACAGAUCAAUGAAAGAACUCCAGAGCAAAAUAAACAAAUUAAUGCUCCCCUCCCAGAGGUUCUGAAUACAAUUAAAGCUAAAAGGCAACUCUUUAGUGAUGACGCUAAUGAAUCUUUGGCACAACUGAAUUCAUUUAAACUUAAAGAUCUAUACAAGUUUCUUUUUGGUAGAAAUGCAAUAAAUUGCCAUAGGGCUGAAAAUGAUGCCCUUACAUUACUUGCAUGUAUUUCUAUUUUGGGAGAAUAUUUUAUGAAAUGGUGUGACACUCAUGCUGUUCCUUUUAAUAAUGUAAAAAAAUUGAGGUGAAUGCAGAAAUUAUUUCAGUUUUAUCUAUAAUAUGACCUAACAACAGAAUAAGUGUCUCAUUAACCAUUUAUUUACAGUAUGUGAAUGUAAAAAACAUGAAAAAACAUUUCAUGGAUUUCUAAUGUCCAUCUAUCAUUAAUUCCUGUUCAGUAUUUUGUCUUCUUGCAUCUUUUACAUACCCUUUCUCUUCUUCCAUCUUGAGGAAGAACAAAACACAUGAAGGCUCCAAUCAGGCUUUUAGCUUGAAAGUGCUCAGAAAAUAUAUUUAAAUUAAAUAUGUAAAGAAAACACCUUCCAAGAAGUGUUGUUGGUAAUUUUAUAUUCUUUACACUGUGAUUGAAUUAUAGAAUAUGUAAUUGUUCACCCAAUUCAGUGAACAAAAAAAUUGUUAUUGUUGAUUAGUAUGAAAUUUUAUUUAUUGGUUGGAUACAUUAAUGUAUUGUAACAAAAUUAUUAUUUUUUCAGAGAAAUAUAUUUAUAUUUGUUUUAGAUUUGGUUUGGUUUAAGUAUACACAAACCAAUAAAUUUAUAAAACUGCAUUUGAUUUAUCAAUGAUGAGGAAUAAACAAAAUUAUACACUACACCCCAAAAUGCAAUGAUGAAUUUUACCUUAGCAGGAAGAAAGUUAAAUACUGUAUGUUGGAACUUUUGAAAGCAAAAGAAUUCUAUCCCCUGUCCAGAAUAUUAGUGUGAAGUACAAAUUUACUUUUGAAUUUUUUUUUCUCUCUUGAGAGAUUCCCAUCAUAUUGAUUAUGAUAAAAUUUAAUACUUUAUAGGUGGAUAUCAGAUUUGACUUUCAUUGUAUUUAGGAACAGUAUAGUGUGUGAGAAUUAGAAGUACUGCUGUUAUGUGAAGUGCGGCAAACCUGAUUGAGGCAAUGAGAAAGUGAAAUUAGAAGCAGGGAUGCACAGAAAAGGCAAGUGGUGCAGUGGAUCCAAUGUUUGUGUUUCAAACAUGUUUCCCCCAUUUAUAUAUUGUUAUUGUUAUAAAUAUAUUUUAAAAUGAAUUUUAUUUCGACCACAGUUCUUUUUUUCCCCUUCAUUUUUUUAAUUGAAAAGAAAUUUUGUACAAAUUUUUCGGGUCCUGCAUAACUGGGGGCCAGGGCAAGAACCUCAGCACGUUGCCAACUUCCUGCCUCUGGACACCCCCUGUCAGAAGCAAUGAUUUGUGCAACACUGCAUCUCAUUUUACUAUUGGAUUUUUUGUAAAUUUACUUGUCCAGUUUGGAUUUCAGUAAUACAUAUACUCCUUAAUGCUAUGACCCAAUCCCAGUUUUUUAAUCUUGCACAUGAAUGAUAUUUAGAAUAAUUUAGCAAUGAAAUGUAUAAAAUUCUCAGAAAAUCUGCAUAUUGUAUGAACAGUUAUAGGCCUACUCGACCCCUUUUUGCACCAUUGAAUGACUUUCUAACCGUUGGUAUUUGUUUUCUCCUGUUGUAAAGACUGUGAAAUUAUUCAAACAUUACAAAAUGUUUGGAAAUAUCUGAUUAUUUUGAAUAAUUCAGAAACAGUAUUUUUACUUAAAUUUACAUUUUGUAUACAUUUUAUGAAAUAAAUUACAAUUUUGUAUCAAUUUGUUUACUUUUUUCACUGAAAAGUUGCAAAUAAUCUGUUACAAAAUGUAACCAAACUUGUUUAUUGUAAUAUUUUAGAAAUAACAUAUCAAAGAAUCACAAAAUAAUGCUGAAUUAUUAUGUAAAAUGAUUCCUUUAUUGUAAAUAAAGAAAGUAUCAAAUGCAUGCUAGCACUUGCAUCUGAUAAAAGGGUGCUGGGAACUCAAAGUUGCCCUCCCUUGUUUUAAAAAGAAUAAUAACUAGGGCAUUUUUAUGGUUAAAAAAAUUAUAACUAUUAUUUGCAUGUUAUUGUUUUAUCAAAAAAUUCCUUCAAAUUAAUAUGAAAAUCCUAUAUCAAAAGUAAAAUACAUCUAAAGAUAAUUAGAAUGUUAGUUUUAUCUGAAAACUCAUUGAGAAAUUCCUUUUGUAUCUCCUCUACUUAUCCUCAAUUACAAACAGUGCCAACUUAUCAGAAAAAAUCUUUAAAACUAUUUUUAAAUUAUUUGAAUCGUCCAUCAAAGUUCACUCAAUUAUUAAUUGUGGAAAUCUCCUCACUUAGGCCCAUGGUUCAACUUACAAGCCUAUAUUUCUCAGACAGACCCAUCUCAUAGUAGUUUCAAUUUAAACAAUGUCAGCUCUAUCACUUAUGUAAAAAAUAUGAAGUAUACUUUUAAAGACAUUUUCAAAAGCUUUAGUGGUCAAGAAGAAUAAGCUCUCUUUGGUUGAGUACUUCAUGUUCUUUUUGAAAGAAAACUCAAAUCUACUCAAUAGUUUCCGAUCUUAUCACAUUUUCUUAAGUCUAUCAAAGCUAGCCUACCUUAUGCAGAGAGCAGCAAAAGAAAGAGCCAUCACAGAUUGAGCGUUGAAAGAUGCAUUUGUCUUCUCCGUGCUGCUGAUGCAAUAAAUGAAAGA